GACUGCUUCACAGUGGAAGGGGAGGACCUGAAGCACGACUUUGAGAGACUGCAGCUGGCCAUGGACAUGGUGGGGUUCCUGCCUGCCACACGCAAACAGUAAGUAUAUUACACACUCAGACACACACACAUGUCUGUCUGUCUCUGUCUGUCUCUGUCUGUCUCUGUCUGUCUCUGUCUGUCUCUGUCUGUCUCUGUCUGUCUCUGUCUGUCUCUGUCUGUCUCUCUGUCUCUCUGUCUCUCUGUCUCUGUCUGUCUCUGUCUCUCUCUGUCUCUGUCUGUCUGUCUCUGUCUGUCUCUGUCUGUCUGUCUCUGUCUGUCUCUGUCUGUCUCUGUCUGUCUCUGUCUGUCUCUCUGUCUGUCUCUCUGUCUCUGUCUGUCUCUCUGUCUCUGUCUGUCUCUGUCUGUCUCUGUCUGUCUCUGUCUGUCUCUCUGUCUCUGUCUGUCUCUGUCUGUCUCUCUGUCUCUGUCUGUCUCUGUCUCUCUUUUCUACACAUUCAUUUCUAACGCUGUUGUCUAUCCUGUCUCUUAUGUCAAAUUGGACUAUCGCCUCUCUGUCUGAUAGGAUCUUCUCCCUGCUGUCUGAUUCUCUCCUCUGUCUGGUAGGAUCUUCUCCCUGCUGUCUGACUCUCUCCUCUCUGUCUGGUAGGAUCUUCUCCCUGCUGUCUGACUCUCUCUCCUCUCUGUCUGGUAGGAUCUUCUCCCUGCUGUCUGACUCUCUCCUCUCUGUCUGGUAGGAUCUUCUCCCUGCUGUCUGACUCUCUCCUCUCUGUCUGAUAGGAUCUUCUCCCUGCUGUCUGACUCUCUCCUCUCUGUCUGGUAGGAUCUUCUCCCUGCUGUCUGACUCUCUCCUCUCUGUCUGGUAGGAUCUUCUCCCUGCUGUCUGACUCUCUCUCCUCUCUGUCUGGUAGGAUCUUCUCCCUGCUGUCUGACUCUCUCCUCUCUGUCUGGUAGGAUCUUCUCCCUGCUGUCUGCUAUCCUCCACCUGGGCAACAUCCGCUACAAGAAGAAGACCUACAGAGACGACUCCAUAGACAUCUGUAACCCAGAGGUGCUGCCCACCAUCUCAGAUCUGCUCCAGGUGAACCUCCAUGCCUAUUGGUCAUCCAUCUGUUCAUUCAUUCAUUCAUUCAUUCAUUCAUUCAUUCAUUCAUUCAUUCAUUCAUUUGAGAAUGUAUCCGUCCAUCCAUCCAUCCAUCCAUCCAUCCCCCCCCAAUCCAUUGAUUCAUUCAUCCGUCCUGUAAUUCAUCCAUCGCUACACUACUGCAGUUAUUAGUUCAAGGACUGUUCUCAGGUCUGCAAUAGAGGAUUAGUUACGGCUGAAAUGACUAAGUAGAGAGGGUGUUAAUAUAUCUUUUUCUAAAUAUGUGUAUUCAAUUUUCUCAGCACAGGUUUACAGACAGACACAGAGACAUGAACAGUGUACACAUGGACAUUCAUUCUUGACAUUUUGAACUGUUUGGCAAAGGUGAAAGAAGCAUUGUAUAUUAAUUUGUAACAUAUAACGCAUGAGCUGCAGUUGGCGUGUUGAAUUCUCUCGUGUUUUCAUGGCUCUAAUGAAUGCGAACAGCUGAAAGAUUAGUCAGAGUAUGCGACUCAGAGUAGCUACAACAGAACUUGGUUAGUCACUCACUGUACGUCCUCCAGUUUGGAGGUGGAAAUUUGGUCCGAAAUGAUUUGAAUUUGCGUGCAGCGUAUGAUUUGAUAGUUUAUCAUUUUGCGACAUAUUUGGCUUCUUGAUGAUUUUCAACACUGAGAUGUUUUUUGGCCUUGACUGCCACAGUGGUGUGCAACACACACGGACAUGCACGCAUGCAUGUGAACGUUUUAAUUGAACUAUUAUAUUAAUCUGACUAUCCACAAUAAUCACAUUAUUGUGUGCAUACAAUUGUAUUCUGUAAAUACAUGGUGGCUGGGCCCAAAUGAAACUGCCAAAGCCCUGUCAGCACCAACACAACACAACACACUGAGCCGGUCAUAUUGGACUAACACGAUUAGACAAGGGGCUUGUUCCAAUUCUGAGGAACGUAAGUGGGAGACAGAACGUCAAAAGACAGCACUGAUGACAUUGAAAGUGUGGCAGAUGCGUGAACUGGACAGAUCAAGAGCAAACUGGUUUCAGAACAGAAGAGGUCCGUAGAAUAAUGAUUUAUACUUCGUCUCAACUGAUCCAAACCUAUCCAGGUGAAGCUGUACGGUUACUGACCUGAUUAUGGCUCCAGGUGAAGCUGUACGGUUACUGACCUGAUUAUGGCUCCAGGUGAAGCUGUACGGUUACUGACCUGAUUAUGGCUCCAGGUGAAGCUGUACGGUUACUGACCUGAUUAUGGCUCCAGGUGAAGCUGUACGGUUACUGACCUGAUUAUGGCUCCAGGUGAAGCUGUACGGUUACUGACCUGAUUAUGGCUCCAGGUGAAGCUGUACGGUUACUGACCUGAUUAUGGCUCCAGGUGAAGCUGUACGGUUACUGACCUGAUUAUGGCUCCAGGUGAAGCUGUACGGUUACUGACCUGAUUAUGGCUCCAGGUGAAGCUGUACGGUUACUGACCUGAUUAUGGCUCCAGGUGAAGCUGUACGGUUACUGACCUGAUUAUGGCUCCAGGUGAAGCUGUACGGUUACUGACCUGAUUAUGGCUCCAGGUGAAGCUGUACGGUUACUGACCUGAUUAUGGCUCCAGGUGAAGCUGUACGGUUACUGACCUGAUUAUGGCUCCAGGUGAAGCUGUACGGUUACUGACCUGAUUAUGGCUCCAGGUGAAGCUGUACGGUUACUGACCUGAUUAUGGCUCCAGGUGAAGCUGUACGGUUAUUGACCUGAUUAUGGCUCCAGGUGAAGCUGUACGGUUACUGACCUGAUUAUGGCUCCAGGUGAAGCUGUACGGUUACUGACCUGAUUAUGGCUCCAGGUGAAGCUGUACGGUUACUGACCUGAUUAUGGCUCCAGGUGAAGCUGUAUGGUUACUGACCUGAUUAUGGCUCCAGGUGAAGCUGUACGGUUACUGACCUGAUUAUGGCUCCACAAUGUUGGAACCAUUCUGGAAUGGAGAAUGUGACAGGAACAUAUCUGAGCCUGUACGGUUCGGUAUGAAAAGAGCAUUGGAUGUAUUGUAGUCCCAGUACUCUGUCUCACGCUUCCAUUGCAGUGCUAACGAACCCACACAAGUGCCUCGUGGGAUUGGGCUUGUAUUAGACACGCCCACCUCCUAAACCACAGCUCCUACACCCUGUGCCCUGCGACACCUCCUAAACCACAGUACAUCAUAACUCUCUCAGCUAUGGACUCGUAACAACACAUUAUAACUCUCUCAGCUAUGGACUCUAACAACACAUUUACAUCAUUUAGCAGACGCUCUUAUCCAGAGCGACUUACAAAUUGGUGCAUUCAACUUAUGAUAGCCAGUGGGACAACCACUUCUUUUUUUCUUCUUUUUUUUAUGGGGGGGAGGGGAGGGGGGGGGGGUAGAAGGAUUACUUUUAUACUAUUCCAGGUAUUCCUUAAAGAGGUAGGGUUUCAAGUGUCUCCGGAAGGUGGUCAGUGACUCUGCUGUCCUGGCGUCGUGGGGAGCUUGUUCCACCAUUGGGGUGCCAGAGCAGCGAAUAGCUUUGACUGGGCUGAGCGGGAACUGUGCUUCCGUAGAGGUAGGGGGGCUAGCAAGCCAGAGGUGGAUGAACGUAGUGCCCUCGUUUGGGUGUAGGGUCUGAUCAGAGCCUGAAGGUAAGGAGGUGCCGUUCCCCUCACAGCUCCGUAGGCAAGCACCAUGGUCUUGUAGUAGAUGCGAGCCUCAACUGGAAGCCAGUGGAGUGUGCGGAGGAGUGGGGUGACAUGAGAGAACUUGGGAAGGUCGAACACCAGACGGGCUGCAGCGUUCUGGAUAAGUUGUAGGGGUUUAAUGGCACAGGUAGGGAGCCCAGCCAACAGCGAGUUGCAGUAAUCCAGACGGGAGAUGACAAGUGCCUGGAUUAGGACCUGUGCCGCUUUCUGUGUAAGGUAGGGUCGUACUCUGCGAAUGUUGUAGAGCAUGAACCUGCAGGAUCGGGUCACCGCUUUGAUGUUAGCGGAGAACGACAGGGUGUUGUCCAGGGUCACGCCAAGGUUAUUUGCACUCUGGGAGGAGGACAUAAUGGAGUUGUCAACCGUGAUGGCGAGAUCAUGGAGCGGGCAGUCCUUCCCCGGGAGGAAGAGCAGCUCCGUCUUGCCGAGGUUCAGCUUGAGGUGGUGAUCCGACAUCCACACUGAUAUGUCUGCCAGACAUGCAGAGAUGCGAUUCGCCACCUGGUUAUCAGAAGGGGGAAAGGAGAAAAUGAAUUGUGUGUCGUCUGCGUAGCAAUGAUAGGAGAGACCAUGUGAGGAUAUGACAGAGCCAAGUGACUUGGUGUAUAGAGAGAAUAGGAGAGGGCCUAGAACUGAGCCCUGUGCUUUAAAGACCCAAAGAGAGCUCCAUCAAUGCAGUCAUUAACUGUUAUAGGAGGGGAUCAAGGUAACUUUCUACGCUACUUAUGCACACAGACAUAAAGCCUGCAUAACACUGUCAUAACCAUGACACAACCGCUAGCUCAGGUCAACUUAGUGUAAAUAUUCUGACCGAAGCCUAAUCAACGUCGGCAUCAUGCUGUUCUCAUUUACCUCAGGAGUGAGGGAUUGUCACUCUACCCCCGGACUCAAACCACAAGCAUUAGCAGGCUACCCUGUUGAGUCACUGACAAAACCAGAGGCGCAACUUUCACUGGGGACGGACGGACGGGGGCAUUUCCCCUCCACAUUCUGAAAUUGCAUUUUUGUCCUCCCCAGUUUUAUCAUUGGAAUAUGAUACAAAACGAGGCAACGGUGUGCUUUAGGACCAUGCGGACGCCUCAGAGCGGUCGGGUAGGCUGUUUUGGGAUAUUUAUCUGACUGGAUUAAAAAAAUAUACACUACCGGUCCAAAGUUUUAGAACACCUACUCAUUCAAGGGUUUUUCUUUAUUUUUACUAUUUUCUACAUUGUAGAAUAAUAGUGAAGACAUCAAAACUAUGAAAUAACACAUAUGGAAUCAUGUAGUAACCAAAAAAAGUGUUAAACAAAUCAAAAUAUAUUUUGAAUUUGAGAUUCUUCAAAUAGCCACCCUUUGCAUUGAUGACAGCUUUGCGACAAAACAAUGACCAAAGUGUGUUGGAAAGCCUGACAACUGUGCCACAGGGUAUUAUGCAGAAAGGGAACUCGUUUUUUUAAGGGAGGCAUUUUGUGCCGCGAGUGAGGACCAUGUGACUCAUGUGGCCGUGAGACGUGAGAUGAGGCACAUGCUCGCCACAUGCUCAGGGUCAGGGAGAGUAGAAGCACCAUCAAGGGAAAUACUGGGGUACAGUAGUCACAGUGUCAUCAAAUCACAUUUUUGUCAAACAAGGCAGGGUUUUCUGCCUUUUUAAAGCUAGGAUCCGCAGUUUCAACAACUUUGUUUUGCAUGGCCCGGUGCCACAGGUUGGUGGGGUUUUCUCUAAAAUGAGCAGACUCCGCCCACCCGAGGCACCCGGCCAUGAAAAAACGAACUUGACCAUUAACAAAGCGGUCAGCCCGCCUCUGUUUUUGUCUGGAGAAAUUUAACAACUCUCAAAUUCAUAGACAGAGCUAUGGAUGCAAGGACUGACCAUCCUAGAUAUAAUAAUUAUCGUUUUAACCAUGCUAUACAGUGUGUGUUUACAUUUACGUAGUUUACAAACACUGGAGUAAAACAAGCUUAUAUUUUGGAUUCUGAUGGGGUACGACAGUUGAACUAAGCUCAUUGAGGCAUUUAUAAGUUACAGUGCAUUCGGAAAGUAUUCAGACCCCUUGACUUUUUCCACAUUUUGUUAUGUUACAGCCUUAUUCUAAAAUGGAUUAAAUAAAUACAAAUCCUCAUCAGUCUACACACAAUGCCCCAUAAUGACAAAGCAAAAAGGUUUUUUGGUUACUACAUGAUUCCAUAUGUGUUAUUUCAUAGUUUUGAUGUCUUCACUAUUAUUCUACAAGGUAGAAAAUAGUGAAAAUAAAGAAAAACCCUUGAAUGAAAAGGUGUGUCCAAACUUUUGACUGGUACUGUAAGUCCAGAAAAUGUAUAUUGCAACAUCUACUUAGUUAUUGGUUACUACGCAAUUAAUUUAUAGACCGGAGUGUCACCAACUGAAGAUUUUGAGUUAUUUACUUGGCUAUAGAGAUUAGCAUUAGCACUAGUAUCUACUGUAAAACAAUGGGAGGGAUAGCUGUUAGCGCUUUCCUAAAAGUCAACUCAAAACCACUAACGUAAGCAGUAAAUAUCCACCCCCUUCAGAACAUAGUAUAGUAUCAAGGGUUGCAAAAUCCUGGGAACUUUCAAUACAUUCCCAGGUUUUCCAGAAAUCCUGGUUGAAGGCUUCUGGAUUUCCUGCUUUUUCCCUCCUGAUUCCGGGAAUCCUCCAACCGGGAUUUAGGUAAAACCAGGGAAUUUAUUGUACGUUCCAGGAAUUUUGCAACCCUAAUAGUAUCAUACCAUGGGUGAACUGUCAGUCACCAAUUCAUCAUCUUUGCGUUGACUACACUGUGGUGUCACGUGAGCAGCACUUUCCUCAGGGAAAGUGAAUUGGCUGUAGUGUUGACUGAUGCAUGAAUGGUAAUAUGACUGGGUCGGACUUCCUGUUUCCUGUAGGGGCAGGACAGGAAGAGAGAGUGGAGCAGUGUCAGAUGGUGGAGUUGACAGACUGGAUCCUCUGGCCGGGCCAGUCCCAGUAGGGCUAGGCUAGGUUCAGUGAUGUAACUUUGACAGUAACACAGUUCCAGGGUCAGUUUGGGCUCUGUCUGUGUCACAGCCAUGGUUACAAUGGGAAUCAGAAAAGAUGACUCCAGACCAGUGCUUCAGGGUACAUCUUCCAUUAGCUUGAUUGAGAAAUGUAUUAACAUAACAGCACAGAAGACUUUUAAACCCUGUUACCAGGCGACAGACAUCCAGCACCGACCAAUCAGUGAGCAGUAGAAUUAGCUCGACACCCAGUUGGGGAUUACCAGGAAGUAUGAAAUUAAGUCGGAUUAGUUCCCCCCUCAAAUGCUGCUGUUUACAAUAAAGACCAUUAUAUAGACCAUUUUAAAGACCAUUAUAAAGACCAUUAUAUAGACCAUUUUAAAGACCAUUAUAUAUACAAUUUUAAAGACUAUUAUGAAGACCAUUAUAUGAAGACCAUUAUGAAGACCAUUAUGAAGACCAUUAUGAAGACCAUUAUGAAGACCAUUAUAUAGACCAUUAUAUAGACCAUUUUAAAGACCAUUUUAAAGACCAUUUUAAAGACCAUUAUAUAGACCAUUUUAAAGACCAUUAUAAAGACCAUUUUAAUGACCAUUGUAAAGACCCUUAUAUAGACCAUUUUAUAGACCAUUUUGAAGACUAUUUUGAAGACCAUUAUAAAGACCAUUUUAAAGACCAUUAUAUAGACCAUUAUAAAGACCAUAAAGGAGGUAACUGACAAAAAUAGUCAUAACACCCUGCCGCUCCACACACACACACACAUAUACGGAGCACCCCCUGCCGUGUCCUCAGCUGCAGCUGUUAGCCCCAGUACCCAUAAUCCCAGUGGAUGGAUGAGUGGUCAGAUGCGUGUGCAGUGACAUCUGCCUCUCUCAAUGGGCUGUCUGCUGGGGCUAAGGCCUGUGUGUGUGUUCUGCUCUGCACAAGAAGCUAACCAUGUCAGUGGUCCUCUGUAGCUCAGCUGGUAGAGCACGGCGCUUGUAACGCCAAGGUAGUGGGUUCGAUCCCCGGGACCACCCAUACACAAAAAUGUAUGCAUGCAUGACUGUAAGUCGCUUUGGAUAAAAGUGUCUGCUAAAUGGCAUAUUAUAUUAUUAUUAUUAUUAUUAUAGUGUCAGUCAGAAAGGGGAGGGGCUAAGUAUUGGCCCACUACCAUCUGUUGUUAUCUUGAUUGACUGACCUGACUGUCCUUGAACUUGUCUUUGAAGGUGAAGGAGGAGAUGCUGUUCGAGGCUCUGACCACCAGGAAGACGGUGACGGUGGGAGAGAGGCUGAUCGUUCCGUACAAACUGGCAGAG